ACCUCAAGCAUCAUAACUGUGGUACCAAUGACUCAAUUAAGUCGUAUUGCAUUGAUCAUUGCUAUGAACGUAUUAAUGUGCGUUCUUGCAGAAGAAGAACGUUAUUCUGAUCAAUAUGAUUACAUUGAUAUACAAUUUAUUCUUCAAAACAAGGAGAUACGAGAAGAAUAUUAUAAUUGCUUUAUGGAAAUAGCACCGUGCAAAACACCAGAACAAGAGGGUAUAGCAGAAUUGUUCAGCGAAGCUUUCCAAACUCAAUGCAGAAAAUGUACUAAAAAACAAACAGAAAAUCUGAACUUAGUAACCGACUGGUUCGUAAAAAAUGAACCCGAGUUAUGGAAAUUAAUAGUUGCGAAGACUGUAGAGAAAAUGAAGAAAAAAGCUGCUAGUAACGCAGAUGGAUUCUCUCAAGUAACAACUGUGCAAACAAUGGCUCGGUUAUGCCAUAUUGCGUUAAUCAUUGUAGUGAAUGUACUUGUACUGAUGUGCAUUCUUGCAGAAGAAGAGCACUAUUCUGAUAAAUACGAUAAUAUUGACUAUCGUGCUGCUCUCAAUAAUAAGACUGUGCGAGACUCAUAUUACGAUUGCUUCAUGGAAAUAGCACCGUGCCAGACAUCAGCACAGAAGGCCCUAACAAGCAUAUUCAGCGAAGCUUAUCAAACUAAAUGCAAGAAGUGUACUGAAAAACAAAAAGAAAUAUUUUCCGCAGUUAUUGAUUGGUACAUAAACAAUAAUCCCGAUAGAUGGCAAUUAGUAAUUGCGAAGACUGUAGAAGAUAUGAAGAAGAAAGCCAUUCAACAAUCGCCGGCAACAUAGAUGGAUAAUGGAUCUCCUGAUACGUACUAUAUCCAAAUAUAUAAUUAAUACGAAUGUAUAUAAUUCCCGAUUAAUCCACGAACAGCAAACGUUAUCUCGCACGCACGGCGGACGCAAGGUCAAAUGUGAUCUAAGAGUGAUAUUAUUGAAAAGCAGUUUUUUUGUUACAAUAUGUAAUAAAUUAUUUCAAUGUAGAAGGUGAAAUAAAAACACAUAUUUUUCAUAGAAAUAAAUAUCCAUUUUUUCAUUUUUUUUAUAGUUGAAAAAAGUAAACAAUUCUAAUUAGCGGGUCUCGCGAGACCCUGCGUCGGCUGGCUAAUAU